AUGGCUGGUAACCUCGUCCUGAUCACCGGCGUGAGCGGUCAUAUUGGUUUCCGCGUCCUGCGCUAUGCGCUUGAAUAUGGCUACCAAGUCCGCGCCGCGGUCCGAAGUGAGGAGAAAGCCAACAUCGUCAGGAACAACGCCGUCCUCAAGGCCAUGGGCAAGGAUAGCCAGCUGUCGUUCACCAUCAUCCCGGACUUCUCCGCGGCCAACGCCUUUGAUGAGGCUGCCAAGGGCGCAAAGUACGUUAUACAUGUGGCCUCGCCACUGGCCACCCGCGCACCGGCCGACGGAGACUAUCAGAAAGGUUUCAUUGAUCCUGCUGUGAACAUGACGCUCAGCAUGCUCGACGCUGCUCGCAAGGCUGGCUCCAUCAAACGGGUCGUCAUCACCUCCUCCGUCGUUGCUAUCAUGCCGAUCACAGCGAUGUUUGAGCCGAGCGGCGAAGUCUACACAGCCGAUACGCGCGUGGACGAGCUGACGGGUCCGCUCGAGAAUCCGAUGGCCGGGUAUGUUGCGUCCAAGAUCGCGGCCUUCAACCGUGCCGAGGCCUGGAUCAAGAACGAGAAGCCUGCAUUCGACGUGAUUCAUGUCCAUCCCAGCUUCGUGGAAGGUCGUGAUGACCUUUGUGACAGCACCGAGUACUUCCUCACGAGUACCAACGCGCUCAUCGUUCGCCAAGCCUUAGGCAUGCCAUCGUAUUUCCCUGCAGCACCCAACAACUACAACCACGUGGAUGACUCCGCUCGCAUCCACGUGCAAGCUCUGGACCCGCAUGUUGAGGGUAAUCAGAGCUUCGUGGUGUCGAAUAAUGGCGAGGAUGGAAUGCAGUGGUCUGACGUGGCGAAGCAUGUGCGACAGCACUUCCCGGAGGCCGUGGAGAAGGGCAUUCUGCCUCUCGGCGGUGAGCUGGCGUCUGUUAUCACCAAGCUCGAUAAUUCCAAGACCGAGAAGACGUUUGGAAAGCUGGCGACCUUCGAAGAGUGUGUGGUCAGUGUCAUGGGCCACUGGUUGGAGUUAUAUGAUAAGGAGCAUGCGCUCAAGAACUAG